GAUGACAACUGUAAUUGAAGUGCAUGCUGCACUACUAAUCUGACUCCUGAUGGAUGGUUAAGUGAUUCUAAUGAGGACGAACAGCUGGAACUGCCAAUGGCUUCUCUUAAUAUUGUGUUUGUCAGGCUUGUUGCUACAAAACUUGCAGACUUACAGAAUUGACAGACUUGCAGGCAUUGCUCCCCCAGAGAUCCAAAGACACACUACAACAAAAAUUGAAACAGUUCAUGGAGAUACAAUAUCAGUACCUCACUAUAUUGUCAAUGCGACAGUGAAUGAGAAUGUCACUCUUUCAGUGGACAAUAGAUGGAAUAGGACACUUUCUAUUAAGUGGAAGCACCUGCUACCAUGGGGAAUGAAGAACAUUGUUGUCUGGAAGCCAGGCAAUUAUCAAAACAUUUCAAAGGGUUAUGAAGACCGGAUUGAACUGUACAGAAAUGGAUCUAUCCAGCUUUCAAACGUUCAGUUCAAUGAUGCUGGUUGUUAUGUCGUGACUGUAACAGAUAAAGAAGGAAGCAGCAAGGAUGGUGUUAUUAUAUUGAAUAUAAUUGAACCAAUUUAUAAGGACUUGCAUUUUGUGGCUGUCAUUGUUACAGUACUUGCAACAUUAUCUAUUAUUUUAAUGUUCUUGCUAUGGAUCUGCAAUCAAAGUGUGGAAUUCUACAAAAUAAAGAGAACACCGAAUGCAAAUGGUUCUACAGAUAUGGAAGUAACAACACUUUAAAGUCGCCAGGUCGAUUCCAGUUUAUAUGCUGGAUUAAGACUAACAGAAUUUGAAAAGAGAACAUGGUCACACUUAGAAAUAUUUGAGAAUAUCGUCCAUAUUACCUAUUUAUUUUGACAAAACAGAUGAGCCAACAAUCAUCAUGUCACGAUAAGUAAAUGGUUUCAGCUGUUGUGUAAUUUUUUUAAAUUAACUUUAUAAAAAAGUGCAAUAUAAGCAUGGUAUUUGCUAUCAAUUAUUCCACUGUAUGCCGGUAGAACAGCAAAAACAUACACUAGAUACAAAUUAAUUCAUUAAGUCAAAGCAAGAAAAUUUGAAUGAGUACAUUCUGUUGACAACUGUUUAAACAGGAUUCUUUAAAAUGUUGAUUUUUGAAUGGCUGGGUGAACAAGACAACUAAGGAAAAUGGUUCUGAUUAUCAAAACUGUCUGCUUGAAGGAAAAACAAAGUAUAUAUUUUGAAUGUGCAUGACAAUAUUAUGAACAAUCUGUAAAACCUCUUAAAUUUCAGCUGUAUUAAUUAAAAGGUUAUGUUCAUUUUUUUUCAAAUUCUAUUAAGUUUACACAAAGUGGACUAAGUACAUUAACAUUAAUUUUAUCAGUGACUCAGAUCACUUAUGGAGUAAUAAA